CAGCCAACCGGCAAAAGCAUUCGGAACGGAGUGGAGGGGAGUUGGACAAGUCAGCCGCACCGUAGAGCGUCGCGCACCAUACCUCCAUCGGCUUCUGCUCUUCUGAACACCCUCUUCCUCCACCUGGCAUAUGAGGGAAAUCACAUUUUCUUUUCUUAAACCGCUGGUGAAUGAAAAACGUUGUUGAUGGAUUUGGAGAGGGAUUUCAUAAGUGAUUUGCCUCAAAGCAUCAUUGAGACCAUCCUAGUAAAGCUUCCAUUAAGGGACGCUGUAAUAACCAGCGCAUUAUCAAGCAAAUGGAGGUAUAAGUGGUCUAGCAUUACCGAACUUGUUUUCGAUGACAUGUGUGUUAUACCUAUUUGCUGUGACCAAUCGGUUGUUGAGAGGACUCUGGUACACUUUGUUACCCGAUUUUUGUUGCUUCACGAUGGUCCCAUUCAUAAAUUUGCAUUAUCCAGUAAAUAUCUUUCGAGCAAGCCCUAUAUAGAUCAGUGGCUUCUUUUCCUUUCCAGGAAAGAUGUAAAAGAAUUGAGUAUUGAGUUAGGGGAACCCGAGUGGUUUAGGGCCCCUUCUUAUCUCUUCUCAUUUCAGAAGUUGACUCACUUGGAGCUAAUUCGGUGUGAGUUGAACCCUCCUUUGAAUUUUAAAGGGUUUUCAUGUUUAAAGCAUCUAAAUCUUCAACAAGCUAUUAUGCCUCCGUGUGACAUUGAAAACCUCAUCUCUAGUUGCUCUCUUCUCGAAAAUUUGACCUUGUCAUACUUUGAUAGUUUUGAGCUCACUAUUCGGGCACCGAAGCUAAGAUAUUUAAAUUUGGAAGGAGAGUUUAAGGAGAUAUUCCUUGAAAAUACCCCAAAUUUGGUUACUGUAUCUGUUGCCAUGUACAUGACUGACGAUAAUGCAGAGCACUUUGAACAAAGCUCUGGUUGCAAUUUCGAGAAGUUUCUUGGUAAUGUCCCUAAUCUCGAACAGCUUACUGGGCAUAUAUACUUCACAAAGUAUCUCAGUAUAGGGAAUGACAGAGAAAGCAAACGUAUGAUUCACCACCAUCUCAAAGUUAUUGAACUACAUCAAGUUAGUUUUGAAGAUUUGGAUGAGAUACUUGUCGUUCUUCGCCUUAUUUCGGGCUCCCCUAAUCUAGAGCAGCUUCAUAUAUCGGGUUCCACAUACACAACAACUGACUAUGAGGAUUUGCAAAUUUGGGAGAAAUGGUUGCCAGCUAAUUGCGAAUUCAAAAAACUAAAAUUUGUGAAGAUGACUGAUUUUUUCGCCAUGUUGCAUGAAAUGGCUUUUAUCAAGUUCUUGCUAGCUCAUUCCCCAGUUCUUGAAUCAGUGACGGUUACCCCAAGUUUCUGCAUUGCGGAUAGACAACUUAAGGCGCUGAUUGAUUUGCUUAGUUAUCGCCGUGCGUCCCCUCUUGCUACUAUCCGAUUUGCUCAAACGCAGUCCUAGACGCAGGCUAACUGUACAUUGUUUUCUCAGAAAAGAAUAGAGGAUGUGUUUGGUUAUGUUUAACUUGUUCAGAUUCUUUUGGAUAAUUUACUCUAUUUGGUAACUUCAUUUAUGUCAGAAUUGAGCUCAAGAUUGUGUUAGGUCAUCACUUUCCAUGUAGUUUAUGGUAUUAAAUACUAUCUAUGUUGUCAUCUAAGAUUGUGUUAGGUCAUCACUUUCCAUGAAUUGAGCUCAAGAUUGUGUUAGGUCAUCACUUUCCAUGAAUUGAGCUCAAGAAGUAUGUAAACAUCCUGUUGAGAUUUUCUAAGCACUAGUGAGUGGUGUAGUUGUCAUCUAUGU